UUGGCUUUUGUUACCACUUUGCAGUGGGGUUUUGCUGCGGAUUUCCGUGAUUACUAGCUUUAUCAUCCAACUCUGACACUUGAAAGCCAAAGACCCACUGAUAUGUCUCUCUGCUGUUUUAAGCGGUUGAUGUUUGACACUUCGUUACUCAGCUCACUCAAGUUCUUAAUUCACGUGUUCCACCAAAAUUGAUGUCUGUUGGGAGGAUGAUGGCUUUUGUGUUUGCUUUUGUUGCAAUUGUGCUGUGGGGUUGCGCUGAGUGUAAAGAGUGCACAAACAAUAAUGCUCAAUCACAUACUCACCGUUACCAGAUAUUGACAUCAUCGAAUGAAUCUUGGAACAUAAUCUCGCAUUAUAAAUUGGCUCCAAAGGAUGACCAUGACCACGUUUUGGCUGAUUUGCUGCCAAGGAAGUUGUUGAAAGAGGAACACCAACAUGAUUGGGAUGUGAUCAUGAGAAAAACUGAGAAAGUGAGUGUCUUGAAGGCACCCCAUCAACGCCAAGAUUUUCUGAAAGAAGUGUCUCUGCAUGAUGUGAGAUUGCACGAGGGUUCAAUCCAUGGUCGGGCACAACAGACAAACUUAGAGUAUCUGUUGAUGUUGGAUGUGGACAGGUUACUCUGGAGCUUUAGGAAGACUGCUGGUCUUCCAACUCCUGGAACACCAUAUGGAGGAUGGGAAGAUCCAAAAAUAGAGCUUCGAGGUCAUUUUGUUGGGCACUACUUGAGUGCAUCAGCUUUAAUGUGGGCCAGCACACAUAAUGAUAUCUUGAAGAAGCAAAUGACAGCCGUUGUUGCCAAUCUCUCAAUCUGUCAAGAGAAAAUUGGUACAGGGUAUCUCUCUGCAUUUCCAUCUGAAUUUUUUGACCGAUUUGAAGCUACUGAGCAUGUUUGGGCUCCAUAUUACACCAUUCACAAGGUACCCUCAAAAGUUUUUUUUUUUCUCAAAAAUGUAUUUCGGCAGAUAUUGGCUGGCCUUCUGGAUCAACAUUCUAUAGCUAAAAAUCCUCAAGCUCUAAAUAUGGUGAAAUGGAUGGUAGAUUACUUUUUCAACAGAGUGCAGAAUGUUAUAACAAAAUUUAGUAUAAGUAGACACUAUCAAUCACUGAAUGAGGAAACUGGAGGCAUGAAUGAUGUCCUUUACAAACUAUACAGCAUAACAGGAGAUCAAAGGCAUCUGCUAUUAGCUCACCUUUUUGACAAGCCAUGCUUUUUAGGUUUGCUUGCAGUGAAGGCUAAUGAUAUAGCUAAUUUUCAUGCUAACACGCAUAUCCCAGUGGUUGUUGGAUCUCAAAUGCGGUAUGAAGUCACUGGUGAUCCACUCUAUAAGGAAAUAGGAACAUUCUUUAUGGAUAUUGUUAACUCUUCUCAUACUUAUGCAACUGGAGGGACAUCAGUCGAUGAAUUCUGGAGUGAUCCAAAGAGAAUUGGAGACACCCUAGAAUCAACUGACAAUGAGGAAUCAUGCACAACUUACAAUAUGUUGAAGGUUUCACGACACCUGUUCAGAUGGACCAAAAAGGUAUCAUAUGCAGAUUAUUAUGAGCGUGCCUUAACAAAUGGUGUAUUAAGCAUUCAAAGAGGAACAGAACCUGGAGUGAUGAUAUACAUGCUUCCUCAAGGUCGCGGGGUUUCCAAGGCUAAAGCUAGCCUUGGUUGGGGAACGAAGUUUGACAGUUUCUGGUGCUGCUAUGGAACAGGAAUUGAAUCAUUCUCAAAGCUGGGAGAUUCCAUCUAUUUUGAAGAGGGAGGGAAAAAUCCUACUCUUUACAUUAUCCAGUACAUAUCAAGCUUCUUCAAUUGGAAGUCUGGGCAAAUUAUUGUUAAUCAGACAGUUGUUCCUGCUGUUUCAUGGGAUCCUUUCCUACGAGUGACAUUUACAUUUUCUCUAGCUAAGAAAACUGGUGCUUUGUCUACACUUAACUUCAGACUACCAACUUGGACACAUAAGGAUGGUGCAAAGGGUGUUUUGAAUAAUGAGUCUUUGUCUCUGCCAACCCCAGGCAAAUUUUUGUCCAUCACCAGAAAAUGGAAUGCUGGUGACAAGCUAAGCCUUCAAUUUCCCAUUACCCUAAGAACCGAGGCCAUAAAAGAUGACAGGUCUCAAUAUGCCUCGAUUCAAGCAAUUCUAUAUGGUCCUUAUCUUCUUGCUGGUCACACCACUGGUGAUUGGGACAUCAAAGCUGCACCAAAUGCAUCUAUAGAAGACUGGAUCACUCCAAUUCCAGCCAGCUACAACAGUCAGUUAUUCUAUUUUUCCCAAGCCUUUGCCAACUCAACUUAUGUUUUCACAAACUCCAAGCAUCCUUUAGCAAUGCAAAAAUUACCUGUGCCUGGAACUGAUUUGGCUCUUCAUGCAACUUUUAGAGUUAUCCAAGGAAAAUCUUCCACAAAUUGCACCACAUUGACAGAUGCUAUUGGUAAAACAAUAAUGCUAGAACCUUUUGAUCAUCCAGGAAUGCGAGUGAUUCACCAAGGAAGGGAACAUCCUCUUACAGUAGUAGGCUCUUCCUCUGGUGGCCCCUCUUGUGCUUUUGUUGUGGUUCCAGGAUUGGAUGGACGAAAGGAAACCAUAUCUUUGGAAUCCAAAAGCCAUAAUGGUUGCUUUGUGCAUAGUGGUUUGCAUUCUGGUAGAGGAGUGAAACUCAGUUGCAAUUCUUCUUCUGAUGCUACAUUUAAAGAAUCAGCAAGUUUUAUUGCCAAAAGAGGAAUAAGCAAAUAUGAUCCUAUCAGCUUUGUGGCCAAAGGAGUAAACAAGAAUUUUCUUCUGGAGCCGUUAUUGGCCUUCAGAGAUGAAUCUUAUACGGCUUAUUUCAACAUUAAAGGUUGAGGUAAGAUUUUAGGUCAUAUAGAAAUUGAAAUAAGGCGGUAGAAGUUUUAUGGGAAAAUGGUAUAAGGUUAUUAUUAUGUAAUAACAUCAGACAUUUGUAAAAUAUAGUAAUCUCGGUAAACUGAUAACCUCAACUCCAAAAUAAUUAUAUUUAUUUUACUUUUUAUAAUUCUAAUAUAUGAAAUAUAAGUUAUUCCCUA